UAGGAAAAGGCAAUUAUAAGGAUUAUUCUUUUCGAAAUAAGGUACACAAAAAAUGGCAGACAGUAGAGAACGAAUACGAGGUCCUUCCAAAGAUGGCAGAGAAUUUCUAACCAGUCCAAGACAAGUAUUGCGACGUUUGAUGCUUCUGUCGGAAGGAAGACAAUAUCGAGAAGCAGCUGGCGUUGUUGGUCGAUUGGGUCCAUCAGUUCUUCGAUCGGUUAUAUCAGAGCUACCUAUUGACUUGUUGUUAGAGGCUUUGCCGCACAGUGCGUAUCUUUUGGAAUCAUUCUUCUCAAGAUUACUCACAUUAAACCCUUCACCAAAGCCAGAUGUGCCAGUUGAAGCAGUAACAUGGCAACUAGUACGCCUCUUUGCAAAUCCCCACGAAUCAGGUCUCCGACAGCGCUGUUCGAAGCUCCUUCAAGCUAUUGGCCAAUUUGAGCCAUCAAUACGCCAAAAUAUCCGUGAACGACGAAAAUCCUUCGACCUGGCAGUCCAAGGUCUCGGAAUUCAUGGUCUGACAACUGAUCAUACCGGCCAAUUGAUAUCCCUGCACAAUGCCCUCAAGACUGAACUUCAACGUCACAUCGACAUCUAUAAGGCGGCCAUUCAUAAACUAGAAGAAUUGAGUACAACAACCGUCAAUCAACAUCCCGCACAUUCCUCCCAUCAACGAUUACUGGCCAUAAACUAUGGUGACAUCCAACAGCGUCUCAUAGACAACAAAACUCUCCUCACGACUCUCGAUAAGCCCGCCCUCAAGCAGUUGGCCGUCUUGGUGGAGAAUCUCGGCCAAAGGGUACAAAAUGACAAAGAGGUGCUACAAUGUGUCAGCUUGAUAAAACGUCUUGACGCUCAAUCCUGCAUAGAAAAGAGACCUGCCGCAGGUCUACUUAUGAAUUUCACCCGUGGUUGUGAGGCUGUGCUAAGCCUAAUGGGACCAGAAUCCGCUCCGCCUAGCCCAAGCGCGGGCAGCAACUUUAGUGACGGUUAUCAUUCAGAUGAUUCUGCUGCCGUCGAUGAGAUGAGUGAAAUUGUAUCACAAUAUCGAUACCUGUACGAAGAAAAUAGGACAGAAACGCUCGAGGUGUUAGAUAGUUUGCCACAACUGAAGCACGUGCAUAGCUUGAAAGCGAAACUACUUUUUUCGAUAAUUGUGCUUUCGUUCCGAGCAUGUCAUGGAAUGCGUGAACGCAAAGUAAUCGAAGUGCGUCGAACUCUGAAUUGUCCAUUGGAUAGCGUGAAUGAGAUCUCGUUGGCUUUGGAUCGUUCUGUGCGUGCACAUCUUCAUAUUACCGCUGAUACGUUUCCAAUGGGAGACAUAGAACGACAGGUGUCUAAUCAGGUUCUAUCGACGCUGCACGAAUAUCCAUGUUUGGAAACAUGCUUGCCACUAACCAAAUUUAUAAGCGAUAGCGUCCGACAAGCUUGGAAGAUGGUAAAUCAAAAAUGUCCGUAUUAUCUGGAUAGUGAUUUCAAUCUGGGAUUCCUUCGUCCAGAGAAGCACGAGCGUCAUCAACACUCCGAUCGACGUUCUGAUCUUAUAAAGGCGUUCCUUUGGCCCGCUCUAAUGCAAAACAAUCAAUGUGUUUUUAAAGCAAUUGUAGAAACUUAAUUCAUUUUUGUUUUAUUUUUUUCUAUAUUUUUGUUCUAAAUUAAGUAAAACUUUUUUUAAAAAAAACAUAAUUAUAAAAUGCAAUACAUGUAUAACAAAUUUGUACAAAAUAAUUUUAAAUCUAAUUUUAUGUUGUAAAGAAAUUCUACAUUUAUAAACAAUUAAUUAAAUAAGUUCUUUUUUUUU